AUAUAUUCUUGUAAAUCAGGUAUAAUCAGGUAUAAAUACAAGUCGCAUCAAUUGAUUGAAUUCUCUUUAGCUUGUGUAUACCCCGUGUAUCCGUGAUCCGUGUUCUGUUUGUUUCGUUCUUAUUACCUUGAACGUGGAAUUCGUAUUUUUCGGUUCGAUUCAUAUUCGGCAGGUAGACGCAUGGAUUUAUUGUGCAUAUUGGUGAAUUUAUUAUACGUUUAAACAACACCUGGAUGAUAAUGAAAUAACGUACCGAGGUAAUGUGACGAUACAGAGUCAAAAUUACCGCAUUGUGUACAUUGCGCAUCGCUACACGUUAUCAGUUGUGCGAUUAGUUGAUACGUCAUUAAUGCGACACCCGAUACUUUUUUUGCCGUUUGUGUACACCAAGUCUUUGCAGAUGACGAGUGUCUUCUCCGUAAAUUUUUGAGCAAACACAAGUGUGCUUAUCGAGGUAUCACCUAUGAGGUGGGAAAAGAUACCAUUGUGCCAUGAUGAUAAAGUCCUGCAUCUGAUUCGCUUUUACCUUUUGUUGAGGAUCCUACUUAGGCAAGGAGACGAAAUGCGAGGUUUAAACGAAUUAUGUAAAGCGUCCGUUGACGACGUCUGCCAAUAAAGCAACGAUUAGCGCAUUAAGUCUCAUACCCGAAUGUUAAACGCCAUACGAUUCGACGAGGUGACGAGAAUACGCGUGACGUAUUUUAUUUGGAGAUCUGUUAAGAUGUAUUAGAGGAUUUACAUAGUCUAUAAGUGGAUAAUACAACACGAAUGGCUACAGAACGGCUAGCUAUUGCAGUAGACACUUUUCGGUUUCAGCACAGCUCCGUCAAUCGUGGUAAACGGGGUCUCGUUUGGAAACCUUGUUACAUAUCCAUAGUUUCAUUGCUACUCGCGCGUUGUAUCGAUUUUCUGUUGAGUUCUUUUACAGAUUAAGUAAUAUAUUCGCAUACUGCGAAUAUAACAGAACGAAGUUGUGUUGUGAACGAAGAAAUUCUUGAACAAGAACAAAAAUGUAUAAUGCAAAGUCGUGUCCGUCAUUCAAUCACGAAAGACUCAUAGAGAACUUUGCAAAUGAACGUCUUCAAUCGUACAGAAACAUUCGAUCGAUAAUAUCGCAGAAGAGUGCAAAUAUUGCCAGAUACAAAAGCGUACCUAUAACACUCAACGGGCAUGAAAGCGACGACGUUUCUAUGCUUGUGGAUGAAAAAGCGGAAACGGGACAAAUUGAAAAGUGUAAAGAUGAUAAGAUAGUAUCAGAUAUCAUUGAGAAAACGGAAAACAAUAUACAGGAAGAGGACGUUCAUACGUGUACUGAAAAAACUCACGUCCUCGAGGGAAUGUUAGAAAAUACGUCAGAAAAACCGCAACGAAGAAAAAGAAAGAAACGAGCGUUCUCUUUGCUCGAUGUCUUCCUCUCUCUGAGUAUAGUCGGUCCCUUGGCAAUUGGCUUUUGGAGAGGGAUAUGGACAUGGAUGGAUCUUCAUACGGAAUUGUUUCCAGGUUGGUUCUGCUUUAUAUUCGGCGCCGUUUUGCACCUGAUAUACACGGUCUUCAAAAAUCGAUUUCACGACACUUACAUGAACAAGUGGGCCAAAUCGGACGCGCGAAAGCGAGUGCUUUAUCGCCUAAUACGGAUCCUGUACACUCACUCUUUCGGAGUGGCCUGUAUCACGCACUGGCGGGGUGGCUGGAUCAUCAUCGAUGCUUACCUGGCCACGCACAUAUGGAUAACAACGUGUUUGAUGUGCUUGCUACUGGCGGGUCUGGCAAUUUUGCGUUCCGUACGAAACUUGAUAGCAACCCCAAUGAUAAUAUUAAUCGAUAGGCCGAUUUGCGUCUUUCAAUUUCCCACCAGGUACAAUGUGAAUACGAGGGACUGGUCGUUGUACUUACUGGAUUGUGCCUUCAGCGUUGGCGUCGUGGGCACGUUGGUCGUUUUCGUCUGGAGAGGAGUUUGGAUUCUUUUCGACAUCUACCUGUUUCCAGGAAACCCGAAAUAUUCCGCCGUCGGCUCACUGGCGAUCGGGUAUUUAAUAGUUGCCGUGACGUUCUGUCUGCAACCGCUGAUGCGAUACGUCUGUGCGCGUCUUCAGGGUUUAAUUCGCUUGAUAGCGGCGGACGCUUUUCUUCUUCUGAGCUUUCUGGGCACUGUGAAUGUCUGGCGCGGUAUAUGGAACGCGCUAGAUCUCUGGCUGCUGCCGGACAAUUUGGAAUUAUCCUGCUGGAUCACGCACGUCGGCUGCUUCGUUUUUCUCGUACUCCUCAAUUGCAGCAACACCAUCCUCGUUCGCGGUGUUUAUAUCGAUGCCGAGGAGGAAGAGGGAAAAUGUGUCGUCUUCCCGUGUCAUUAUCUUCGAUUAUUCUUCAAGAUCGAACGCGAAAAGAAGCAAGCGAGGCGACAGAAGCUGUUAGUGGGAUCGCAGGACUUUGACGGUCAUUGCGACGUAAACGGCAAGGAUGGUGAAAACGGUGCUUUCCUGCCGCACAAUACUACAACGGCAACGAUAGCUACAGAUGCAGACUCUCUUGCAUAAACCAUAACGAAAAAGCAAUCUUUCGUGAAUGCGAUCAUCCAGGUAGAGAUGAUAAUCCGCUGUACACGUACUCGAUCGCGACGAUGGCUCGUUUCAGCGGGAUCCUCACGUGAGACAGUGUUUCUUCCCAGACUGAACUUUCACUCACUCUGCGUGUUAAUUUUCAAGACGUUCUCUUCAAAGGAAUACAGUGUGAUUUUCAAUUGUGCCUUGAUCAAGAACUUUUGGUGACUAAAAAAAAAGACAUUCGUUUGUGACACACAACAAGAACAAGAACAGUUGGAAGGCGUAUGACUAUGAACAUAGAAAGUGAACAUACGUUUUACGGUAAGACACCGUACGACUAUUGUCCGGUUGAGCAUUAUUGUGAGAUAUUGCCACGUUAAAUAACAGUGCAUGGUAUUGCCACUGAACGAGAAAAGCUAGAAAGUACGAGACAAAUCUUGAAACUAGGAAUUAAUGCUGCCGUCGUGCGUCUUCUCAAAGAUAACUCGUAUAGCUAACUACCUACAUCCAAAGACUAAUGCGCGAUAUACAUAUACAUGUAGACUAUUUAUAUAUAUUUAUUUAAAAACAUGCACGCGAAUGUGUGCGCGAAAUUGACUCAUAAUUUACCGAAUAAAUCGAGUAUUAACGU